AUGGAGUCAAAUACAGACUUUGUCGAAUUGACAACUACCAGAAAGAACCUCGAUUUAAUAUCCGAUGUCAAAUUCUCCAAGAAUAGUCAAUACCAAUUAUUGAUUGGUACUUGGAGUAGUGAUUUGCUAUUAUAUGAUUGUCGCUCAUUUACAAACCAUCCUCAUGAACCAUUGCCACGGGAUCCUAUAUGCGAAUUGAAAAUUAGUGAUACCCCAUUGAGCAUACUUUACCCAGGUAAUAACAAUUCCAACAGCCAAGCUCCUCCACUUGUUGGAUCACUAGACGGCUCUAUCCGACCGGUUGACUUUGAAAAUGUCAAGCUUGGCAAGAACAUCGGUGAGUCAUUUGAAGGUGAGGAUGUGAGAAAUGGCAUCAAUCAUUUAUGUCAAGGUGUCAAUAACUCUGUAAUUGCCAGUUCAUUCAAGGGAUAUUUGCAACUCUUGGAUCAAAGAUUGCAAAAGCCCUUACAUAGUUGGAAGCAUGAGAGAAAAGUUUUGACCAUGGAAUCCACUGAAAAAUACUUGGUUCUAGGAUUGGCGGGCAAUACUGUUGAAUUUUAUGACUUGAAUUCGUUGGGCGCUUCUUCGUCAAAGCCGACACCAGUCGAGACUAGAGAGGUUGGACUCAAGUAUCAAGUCACCGAUAUCAAGGCAUCCCCUGACCAAAGCACAAUUGCAAUGUCAUCUAUUGAUGGUAGAGUGUCUAUUGAGUACCUUGAUUUGCCACAACACGAACAAUUGGAAAAGAAUUUUGUGUUCAAGAGUCAUCGACAUUUUGAUAAAGAGUCUGGAGCCGACGUAGUUUAUCCAAUAAAUUCCAUCGCAUUUAGAAAGAACGCCAGUCGGAGCAAUUUGUUAUUCACUGCAGGUUCAGAUGGAUACCUUUGUUUGUGGGAUAUAAACAAGAGAAAACGUUUGAAACAAUUUCCCAAAUUUCAAACUUGGGAGUUUGAUGGCUUGCCUCUGGAAGAAAGUACGACUGAGAGUAUUGCUAAAAUUGAUGUUGCCCACACCGAUGAUUUAAUAGCAGUGGCUACUAGUGAUGACAAUUAUAAAAGAAGGCGGCGGUUGUCUGAGAGUGAGAACUCGAGAUUGCCCAGCCGGGUGUACAUCAGACACUUGAAAGACUAA